AUGUCAACAAAAUUAAUUCCGUCUCUUCUUACUUUACCCGUCGAAGUUCUCUAUCGAAUACUUGAAUAUCUUGAUGUUUACACAAUUUUUCUAUCAUUUCGUAAAGUCUGCAAAAAAUUUUAUACAAUUGCCCAGAAUUUUAAUUGUUAUGAACUUGAUUUAAGUACGAGUACAAAAGAUGAUUUUCAUAUUAUUUGUCAUCUUAUUCAUCCUGAAAAUGUUAUUUCAAUUAUUGUAUCCGACCGAGAAAAGACUCCUGGUCAAAUUAAAUUAUUUUUUUCUCUUUUUCAAAUUCAACAAUUCACUCGUCUUCGUUCAUUAACACUUGAUAAUAUUGAUUGUAAAGAUUUAAAUGAAAUUCUUCAUGAUAUUCUUCAUUGUUCACUUAUGUUUUUAUCAUUUCAUACAAGAGGAAAACGAAAUAAAUCAACAUUAGGACUUCUAUCAAUGUUUACUACCGAAUCUAAUCUUCAACAACUUUCUAUUAAUACUCAUGCUCAUCAUGUUGCUGAAAUAUUUAGUUCAAUUCAAUCGAAUCUUCGACAUUUGAGUAUUGGAACAUGUACAUAUGAAGAAUAUCAUAGGAUACUUCGACAUUGUCCUCAUUUACGAACACUUAUCAUUGAUGAUUGUUGGGUGACAGAUGUUGAUGCAACUAAUUCAAUAGGUUCUUUACCAAUAUUCUAUCAUCAAUUAAUUUCAUUAACAUUCAAAGAUACAAAUAGAUCAAUGAUACAAUUACAAUUACUUCUUUCAUUUACACCUUCACUUACUUAUCUGAAAUUAAUUAAUUUUCCUUACACAUAUAAUUCUCUUAUUGAUGGCUAUCAAUGGGAAAUAUUUAUUAAAAGAAAAUUAUUGUUAUUAAACAAAUUCGAAUUUCUUUUUCAUCAACAAUUGUUAAGAACAUAUAAUUCUUCUUCUGAUAUCGAAUCACUUCUUUUACCAUUUCAAACAUCAUUUUGGCUUGAAGAAAAACAUUGGUUUGUCUUAUGUGAUUAUAUCAAAAGUUGUCAUCGAACAAAAUUUUAUUCAAUACCAUUUUGUGUUACUUCAUUUGAUUAUCAUCUUGAUUCAGAAAACAUUUCAUUAUCUACAUCAACGAUAAAAACCAAUGAUCCAAUAAUUAUGGAUAAUGUGCAUUAUUUAUCAUUAAAUUUGACAGAAUUGAAAAUUAAAGGAAUGAUAAAACAGCAAUUAUGGACUUGGAAUCAUUUUGCCAAUACUGCAAAAAUAUCAGAUGAAAGAGAAAUUAGACAACAAUUUAUUGCAACACGACUGUUUAUUAUUUUAUUAGCAAUAUCAUUUGUUGCACUAGUAACAUAUUAUGUUUUCGAACGUGUUACUCUCCUCUAUCAUAUUGAAUCGCCUACAUUAGAGCAAUUUAUUCAUUUACAACAAGACCAACUUAUCAAUAAUUCUCUCUCCUGUCCUUGUUCAACUUUAGCCAUACAAUAUGAAGAUAUCAUUCAAAUCGAUUAUGUGUAUCAUCCAGUUUGCUCCUCCAGGUUCUCUAAUCCAGAUAGAAUUGAGGUAAUAGGAUAUCAAGCAACUUACUUCUUUCUUGAUUUUCGUGUUUUGGCACCAUCAUUCUUCAAUGCUUUGGGUUUAUAUUGUGAAGUGGCUGCUAAACAUAUUGAAAAGAGUCUCGCUUCAUUUAUCAGACUAUUAUUUGUUAAUGAUCAAGCGUUAAAUUUAGAAGUUUUCACUGAGAAAACAAAUGCAAUCAUCAACAAUUUCAAAUCGUCAACGACUCGUGCUUUUGUAUGUGAUCUCACCAUCAUUUCGAAUAUGACCCACAAUAAUGGACUGAUGACUACUCAUAGUACCAAUUUCGUUCUUAUAAUGGGUGGUACACAUCCAUCGUAUGCAUUGAUGUAUGGUUACACACCACAUUUCAUCAGCUUGAAAGAUCCAUUCGAUCUUUGCAUAUGUUUUCCUGGAGUACAAUGUCACAAUCCGAUGGCAAUUUAUUCAAAUUAUUCUUUUUUACCAGUUCGAUUAUUUAAUAUUCCAGGUCUCUUUACUGGUUGUUUGCCCGAUGAAGGUAUUCGACAUUCAUCAUUAAUUUGUUUGUUCAAUCAAACAUGUGUCGAUUUGAUAUCUUAUUGGCUUAAUGCAUCCAAGGUAUUGGCAAUUGAUGCAAAUAUACUUAAUCACUUUACUCCGCGUUCGACUAUCGACGAAAUGAUAAAUGAAGUGUUCGUCGAUCGAUGGAAUUAUUCGGCUUCAUACCACGAUUUUUAUCAAAGGUGUCGACCAGAUAGUUGUUCAUACAAACUAUCAAAACAUAAUUCAAUUUGGCUUAUUGUAACAGCAGUCUUCAGUCUCAUUGGUGGUCUAAUGAAAAUUUUACAAAUUGCUAUUCCCCAUACUGUUCGAAUAGUAUUUUCAUUAUAUUCACGAUUUGAACGUUGGUGGCAUAGACAACCUCCUCCUAUUAUACCUCGAUCAAAAUUAUCUUUUCAAAUUCGUGUCAAUCAAUUUCGCCAACUUAAUUUGUUUGCCUCUGAAGAUUCUACUAAAGAUGACGAACAUGAAAUUCGCAGUCAAAUUCUUUCUACUCGUAUAUUUAUUAUUGUUCUAGUUCUUACUCUUAUUAUUCUUACAAUUUACUCUGCUCGAGUUGAAAUCACCAAAACAGUGACAAACUUUAGUCCUUCUCUAUACAAGUAUUCACAGCUUUAUGCAAACCAUUAUCAAACACUCAUUUGUACCUGUACAAAUAUUGCUAUUCGACAUAAAAAAUAUAUCAUACUUCAACCAAAUUUUCAUCCAAUAUGUCAAAGUAGUUUUGUUGACCAUCGCUGGCUAGAUGGACUCGUACAAACCUCUUUUAUACCUAGUGGUAUUUUUGUUCGUGACUUUCGCUCUAUCGGUGCAGCCAUUUUUGGUACCAUAGCAUCGCUCUGCCAACUCUCAAUGAGAACAAUCAAUGAUGGUCUUUUGGAUUUCGGUGAACAAGUUAUUCUUUCAACUCAAGUGAUAUCAAAAAAGCAACUUACUAAUCAAGGACAGUCUCUGUUUUACUUAUUCGAAUCGACAACGGCGAAUGCUUUUAUCAAUUCAAUUCAAGCUUUUCGUGAUGCAAUACAGACAAACAGUCUUAUAUCAGGUUACGAAACAUCAACAUUCCUCAAUAUUUUUGUACAAGAUGAACAGAAUGCUCAAUUACUUGCUGAACCUAUCCAAUACAAUCACUCAUGUUCCUGCCAUAAAGAUUCAACGUGCAUCGACUCUGCUGGUGUCUACAACUAUCCGAAUCCAAUCAUCAACUAUUCCAUACCUGGAUUUUUCAUUGGCUGUUAUAUCAUUGAGGCAACUCUGCAG